AGAGACUCCAGGAGACGGGGAGAGCUCGAGGAAGAAGCAGGAAAGUGGGAGAGAAGGGCCUGGGGCCUACAGGGGCUCCCCGAGGUCAGGGGAACCAGGAUCCCCAUGUGGGCUCAGCCUGCCCGGUCUUCUGCUGUGGGUGUUCCCCGGAGGGUCCAAAAGGAAGAGGAGGCAGCAAGGACGAGAAGGAGCUGGGGGGCCCUCCUUGUGGACCUCGAGACCUCGGAAGAGACCCAGGCUUGGAGCCUGUGCAGGCCCAACAAAUCCUCGAAGCAGUACCUGCGCCAGGUCGUAGCAGAAUACGAAACGCUGGACCGAGAGCUCCCGUGCAUCCGGAAGUUCCUCAUGCCACCCACUGCCCAGCCCCUCUGCCUGUGCAUGGAGACGUCGCCUGAGCAGGACCUCACCCACCUAGAGGUGCUGGAGGCGCUGGAGGCCGAACUACCUGGGGCCAUGGAGAGCGGCGGCGUGAGCAGCAUCCGCUUUGAGAACAUGAACGUCAUCUGUGGGACCGCGGGGCGCAGGAACCGGUGGCUCAUCACCGUCUCGGACUUCCAGACCCGCUCGCGCCUGCUGCGCACCGGGCUCAGCCUCCGCGGGUCGGCGCACCCGCUUCUGCGCCACGACGAACUGCUGCUGAGCGAUUACCGCCUGCACCUCCGCCGCUCCCUGGUGCGACGGCGCAUGCUCGAGGCUCUGGGGGCGGACCCGACCGAGGAAGACUGACAAGUGGGGGGCGGACUCUGGCCGCGCUUGCGCACCGCCUGGCCGGUUCAGGCUAUUCACCCGGACACCCCCCACCCCGAGGAAAGGGGCGUGUCCUCCCCAGGAAGGAGGCGGGGCCGGCUCGAGGGGGUGGAUACUGUGAGUUUAAUUAUAAAGAAUGACCUGGUACAAAAGCCA